AUACUGAGAACUGGGUGCGGGGUGUCGGGAGAGAACUCUGGAGGAACGCUGAGCUGAGCAGCACCGAGGACAGCGCCCGGCAGCGCCCGCGCCCAGGUCUCCCUCCGCAGCCCUGACUCGCGCACACGCUGAGCUUUGGCUCACACCCCUCUCGCGCGGACACACGCACACGCAUAUCCACACACCCAGGCACACACCCCGCUGUACAAUGGCAGAAUCCCACCUGCAAUCAUCCCUCAUCACAGCCUCACAGUUUUUCGAGAUCUGGCUUCAUUUCGACGCUGACGGAAGUGGUUACCUGGAAGGAAAGGAGCUGCAGAACUUGAUCCAGGAGCUCCAGCAGGCGCGGAAGAAGGCUGGAUUGGAGUUAUCACCUGAAAUGAAAACUUUCGUGGAUCAGUAUGGGCAAAGAGAUGAUGGAAAAAUAGGAAUUGUAGAGUUGGCUCACAUAUUACCCACAGAAGAGAAUUUCCUGCUGCUCUUCCGAUGCCAGCAGCUGAAGUCCUGUGAGGAAUUCAUGAAGACAUGGAGAAAGUAUGAUACUGACCACAGUGGUUUCAUAGAAACUGAGGAGCUAAAGAACUUUCUAAAAGACCUGCUGGAAAAAGCAAACAAGACCGUUGAUGACACAAAAUUAGCUGAGUAUACAGACCUAAUGCUGAAACUAUUUGAUUCAAAUAAUGAUGGGAAGCUGGAGUUAACUGAGAUGGCCAGGUUACUGCCAGUGCAGGAGAAUUUUCUUCUUAAAUUCCAGGGAAUCAAAAUGUGUGGGAAAGAGUUCAAUAAGGCUUUUGAGCUCUAUGAUCAGGAUGGCAAUGGAUACAUAGAUGAAAAUGAACUGGAUGCUUUACUGAAGGAUCUGUGUGAGAAGAAUAAACAGGAUCUGGAUAUUAAUAAUAUUACAACAUACAAGAAGAACAUAAUGGCUUUGUCGGAUGGAGGGAAGCUGUACCGAACGGAUCUUGCUCUUAUUCUCUGUGCUGGGGAUAACUAGAAUUGGUGGCCACAACCACUUGCUAGUGAUACAUUGUAUCUAAAAAAUAACUGUGCACUAUAAGGGAGUAGGCUGUAUUUUCUUUUAUAUAUGUAAAUUUAACUGCAUAUAGAUAAUCAUCCAGGAUGUGUGGCUCAUUCUUUUCAGCUUGUUUCUAUACUGUUUGUAAUACACAGUUUUUGUAACUAUAUGACUGAAAAGAAGAAAGUCUGCUUAGGCCAGUCAGUACACCCAAUUUUAAAAAAUAACAUAUUCUUGCUUUCAUAAAUUUAGUUGAACAAGAUUUCCCUAAAAAUUCCAUCAGGAUUCAUCUCUAAAAUUCUUGUCACUGAUGUGCAAAUGCAUAUUUGUCACUGAAUAAUGCAAUUAUACAUGACAAGCCAAACAUUCUUACUUUAGACAAUCAUCAAACUGUCCCACAAAAUAUUUCUAAGCUAUAUUUCCCACCAUAUUAGGAGGAAUGUGCUUUUGCAUCUAAAAUACUCAUCAAAUUAGCAAUAAAUAGAUAAUUGUGGCUUUAUGAAGUUAACAGUCUCAUUACAGAUUUAGUUUACCAAUCAACAGCAGGUCUACUGCUUGAAUCCAUACAAAACUAUCAGUUCAAGUUGAUAUGGUAGCAAGGGAAGGAAGCACCAGAUGACACAUAAAUCUGUCUGAUUCUAUGCCUGUAUUUCCAACAAGCCUACUGUCAGAGAAUAUGACCUAAACCCAUUUUCUAAACUGUUUUCACAUGUUGCCGAUUAUAAUUAUUCUAGUCAACAGCUGUUUUAUGUCAUAUUCUGUGUAAUCUCUGAUUAAAUUUAAUAUACUGCGUAUUCUGGUGUCUAGUUUGCAUACUUCCUGGAUUUUCUUUCUAUGUAGAACUGUUCAUUUCCACCAAGGGUAUCUGCUGCCUCUGAAAAUAUUUUUUUCUAGCUAUAACAACUCUAUUUUUUACUACAUAAUUAAAUUUUAAUGUAAAAUUCAUAGCAUCCUGAUUAUUGAAUGUUGUAUCAUCAAUACUUUUGUGUAUUCUGUGGAUUCUAUAUUUCAUAUUGAGAUCAGCAUUCAGAAUAGUUCUAUUUCUAUCUGCAAAUAGUUUCAAAUGAGUUUAAAAAAUAACAUCUGAAAAGAAAUGCUAAUGUAAUCAUUUAUCUUAUCUAGCAAGAAGAUUCUAAAACAUUCUUUAACACACAUCUAAGUCACAGUUUCACAUACUUGUAGCUAGAAUAUCCUAUACUGAUUUUAGUUGACAUGUAACAGUUGGUGAUUUUAGAUUCUGUGAUUGUGAAACAGGGAGCUAUGAGAGAUGUGUCCAUGUGAAAUUUAUAGUUACUGCCUAAGAGCUAAUGAUCAUUCUGGGUCAGCUUGAAUGUCCUCAUUCUAUAAAUUCAACACUUAUUUUCUGAAUUCAUAAAAAUAACAAAAAAAAUGUGAGCUAUCUGUUUCCCUCAAGAACAAAUAGAAAUGAGAUCUGCCAAAAACUAAAAUUCAUUAAAUGAUGUGAGUGAGUGAGUGGGAGAUUGGCUUUGCCUUUAGCGUGUAAAUGGAAGCACUGACAUUAGACUGAAUUUAACUACUAAGAAUAAAUAAAGAAGAAAAUAACCUUAA